AUGAGUGAGAUGAUUCCUCAGAAAAAUAUGCAGGAAGCUUCCCCGUUGCUGGGGAGCCCUCUGGGCAGGAGCCGCCACAGCAGCAGCCAGUCGGACCUCACCGCCCCCCCCAGUAACUCCUCAGGCCUCAGCUUCACUGCCUGCAUGUCUGACUUCUCCCUCUACGUGUUCCACCCCUACGGCGCCGGAAAGCAGAAAUCUGCAGUCACAGGGCUGCCUCCGGGCCCAGGGCCAUUAGGUACAGUAGAUGAGGAGCCGUCUUCAGUAACGGGAAGAAAAGACUCUCUGAGUAUCAACCUGGAGUUUGUGAAGGUCAGCUUAUCAAGGAUCAGGCGUACCGGAGGCCCCACCUUCAUCGAAAGCUUCAUUCCUGCUAAAGGCGGCAAAAUGGACACCACCCUUAUCAACAUCUCAGGUGGCUCCCGAGGUGUGGGUUUCAUCCGCUUUGAUAAGAGGAUAGAGGCUGAGGAGGCCAUCAAGGGUCUGAACGGACAGAAGCCCUCCGGCGCCGCAGAGCCCAUCACCGUCAAGUUCGCCAACAACCCCAGCCAGAAGACCAGCCAAGCCCUCCUGUCACAACUCUACCAGUCCCCCAACCGCCGAUACCCCGGACCCCUGCACCACCAGGCCCAGAGGUUCAGCCAGUGUAAGGGUUUCUCAAGUUCAUCCGGUGACCCCACCUAA